AAUACGGACGGAUCCGGCUGUAAAUCCUCCACUUGCGCUCUGAGCGGCUGGCUGAGCGCAUCCUGUACCCACAUGAAGCGCUGCCCAGCGACGCACAUCAAACCGGACUGAAAGUGAAGGCAGAGGGGGGACGGAGCCUGACUAAUUUUUUUUUUCCCAUGCUCGUCUGUGUAUUUCAUUUCUCUUUGAUCUACGUAUGUCUUGUUCAGAGGAAAGUGGACAUUUUUAUACUUUUCUUUUCCUCAGAGCGCACAGCCCGUCGUCAGCUUGAUUUGAAAUAAACCAAGGUUUAAAAUGAACGAAGGACUUGAGAACAACUUGACUCAACUGUAUGACAACUGGACAUUUUACAACUCCUCCGUGGAGUCCGUCAUACCCAGGAACAACAUCACCUACGUUGGAUUUUACCUGCAUCAGCCGUCCACAGCAACCAUCUUCAUCGUGUCCUACUUGCUGAUCUUCCUCGUGUGCAUGGUGGGAAACGGAGUGGUGUGCUUCAUUGUGCUGAAGAGCAAAAACAUGCGGACUGUUACCAACUUGUUCAUCCUAAACCUUGCUGUGAGUGACCUCCUGGUUGGGAUUUUCUGCAUGCCCACAACUCUUCUUGACAACAUAAUUACAGGAUGGCCUUUUGGAAGCCUGGUCUGCAAAAUGAGCGGCAUGGUUCAAGGGAUCUCUGUGUCAGCAUCCGUCUUCACUCUGGUUGCUAUUGCUGUUGACAGAUUCAGAUGCAUUGUCUACCCAUUCAAGCAAAAGCUGACCAUAUCCACAGCCACCUUGAUAAUAGUCAUUAUCUGGGUUCUGGCCAUAUCCAUCAUGUGUCCCUCUGGGGUGAUGCUACAAGUGAGCAAGGAGCAAACCAUUCGGGUGUUACUGGGCUAUGACAACAAAACAAGCCCGUUUUAUUGGUGCAGAGAGAACUGGCCAAACCAGGAGAUGAGGAAGAUUUACACCACUGUCCUGUUUGCAAAUAUCUACCUUGCUCCUCUUUCCCUCAUCGUGAUCAUGUACGCCCGGAUUGGCAUUACACUUUUCAAAACAGCAGUUCCAACGGGAGGAAAGCCGGGCAACGACAACCGCCACACUGUGUCAAAGAAAAAGCAAAGGGUGAUUAAAAUGCUUCUUAUAGUUGCUUUGCUUUUCAUCCUUUCCUGGCUGCCUCUGUGGACCCUCAUGAUGUUGAGCGACUAUGCCAGCCUGACUGAGCAGCAGUACAGAAUCAUCAACAUUUACAUUUACCCCUUUGCCCACUGGCUAGCCUUCUUCAACAGCAGCGUCAACCCCAUCAUCUACGGUUUCUUCAAUGAGAAUUUCCGUAGAGGAUUUCAAGUUGUGUUCAAGUUCAGCCUAUGCACGGCGGAUGGGCAGCGGAAGAAAACCUACUCGCACAGGCUGCAGGGAAACUCUGUCCUCCCAGCUAAUAAUGCACAAACCUCCUUGGAGCCUAUUUCUCUCAACAGCCUAGAUAAGAACACUUCCAGGCGUCUCAACCAUGUCACUGAACAAGACUUGGUCAUGGAGGACCUGGAGAAGGCAUCUUGCAGCAGUGGGGGUGUGACAGCAGUGUCUAUUUAAGGAGACACAGAGACAUUCUUCUAGGUGAUAAGCAAAGGUGUUUACAUUUCAAAAAAAUGUGCCCUUAUGAUUAAAACCCAAGUCCAGCUUUAGAAGCUAACAUUUACGGCAAUUUCAAUACUGUCAAAAAAUGACAUUUAAAGCAGUGAUUUUUCCUUGUGACUGUCCUGCAACACUUUUACACAAUUAAUGCAGCAAGCUACCUCACAGUGUUUGCGCAUGAAACAAAUACAUGUAUAAAACAAACAAUUAAAUUGGCAGUUUGAAAAGAGAAUACUCAUUUUGGUUGUUAAUCUUUACUUAUCACCUUUAAAGGCACACAAUGUAUGUUGCACAUAUUGUGCCAUGUUUAAAAUGGAAGCAGGUUGUGCUGUUGGAACUGCAGUUAUCAAAAAAGGGAAAACAAAUCUGGUUGGCAAGUGCAUAGUUAAUCAAUUAGGAUUGGUUAAUAUUGCAUUGAUAACAGCUCCAACAACUGUUCCAUGACAUACCUUAUAAAACUGUAUGUAUGUACAAAUGUAUAAAGAUGCAUCAAACAUAUACUGUAUGUACUGUGAUGUUUGCAGAGCAGAAAAGUCACUUAGACAAAUCACAUUUUUUAUUUAAUGUCCUUGUAGAUUGGCACAUUCGAUGGAACAAUCUUCUAUUCUGCUUUUGACUUCAGUAUUGUUCUCUGCUACUCAGAAAUACUUAAGUACUUUCAAGACAAAAAGGGUGUAGCACAUCCAAAAACCUGGUGCUGGAUCAAAAAGCAAGAAUCAAACAGAAGAUCUGCAGAUCUAACAGUUCUUCUGUCUUCUGUUUGAUUCUUGCCUUAGGUACUUUCAAAGCUUGAAUAGGAAAACUUCUGUGACCUGUAAAAUUAAAGUCAUGUAAUUUAUAAAGCAGAAGUUUUUAAAACUAUUUUUUAACCAAGGUUUAAAAGUCAAAGGGUUCAAACAUCAAAUCAAAUGUAGGUUUUAUCUUUAUAUUAGCGUACAGGCUAGCAAAUUUGAACACCUUGUCAUUUUAACAAAGAUUACUCAUUAGCAUUCACCAAUUACAUCACAAGAGGCUUUGACAGCAUGCCAAUGACUGGGACUCAUACUGAUUAAUGAGUUAAAUAAACCUUGGUAUAAUUACUGUAAUGUUGGAACACUCAUGCCAGUACAACUGUUGUUGCUGGUGUUUUUUAAAAUUCAGGCCACAUGUCCCAACUUCCUCGGAAAAUGUCUUUGGUCAAAAGUUUUUGCUUUCAAUUUACUGAAUGGGAAAUUUAGUAAAUGGAAAAGGUGUUUAUUCCCCCCCCCUCCAAUCUGCUUUUCACUUGUCCCUGCAUCUGUCAUAAAACUUCUAAAAGCUUUAACUUAGUCUGCAGCAGAAGAAAAACACCCUUCUACUAUUUUGUGCCAUUUGUAAUGUCGAUUGAAGAAAUACAGUCUGUUGAUUUAGGAGUUAUUUCUUUGAGUCGACUUACAACAACGUGCACAACUGUGUGAAUCUCAUCCACACUUGUGACCCUUUUUGUGGCCAUUUUUCUGUUCUUAUUUAUUUGGCUAUGGCCCAGGAAGGUGACAUCCCUAUACUAAAUCCUGGACAUAGCUCUUGAUUGGCUCGAUUGUAUUUCCAACCAGGGAAAGCAACCAUCAAUGAGUAAAACAACAGACUGAUUUGAAUCACAGAGAGAAAAAAAUAAUAAUAAUGUGGACAGUGAUUCAUAAAGGUUUGGAACCUGCAGAUAUGGUGUAGUCCCUCAUUCGUCCAGGAGUG